AUGGUAGAUAUCUUUUACGAGACGUCACUGGAGCAGGUGGUGUCGUUGGAGAAAAGUGGCGACCAAACCGUUCUAAAACUGGAAAGGGCCCCCAAAUCUGCCUUUCCAAACCUUGUCUCAGUAAAUCGAGCAGAUAUUGCUAUUGCCAACGACGAUGUCUACGUGUUGGACCUGGUUAGGUCCGGAACAGGCAGACAAGCUGCUUCUGGCAUUUAUAGCAGAAUUCUCCGGCCAUUGUUUGACUCUGUGCUUCUGAUUCCCCAUCAGUACAUUGCAACUGAUAGUCCCUCUUCAAUUGAUACUUUUGCAGCGUCCUUGAACUCCAAUGGUCGUCCCAUAACGUUGGUGGUGAUUGCUGGAGAUACUUCCGUGAAUGAGCUCAUCAAUGGCUUAAGUCCGGGCCAUCAGGCUCUCGUGAAAAUCCUAAUAGUACCAGCUGGCACAGGAAACUCGUUGGCACUCUCAAUUGGGCUCACGGACGAGGUAGCCGCGGUGAAGAAAUUGGUUUUAUAUGGCGAGACUGAUGUUCGUCCAUUAAACUUGUACCUGGCGCAAUUUCCAGCUGGUUCAUACUUCCUCCACCACGAUGGAACCAAAUCAAAUGUCCCCAGUUCUCUACUCUUCUUAGUGGUUACUUCUUGGGCUUUCCAUGCGUCGUUGGUGGCAGAUAGUGACCUGGACGAGAUGAGAAAGCAUGGAAUUGAUCGGUUCAAGAUCGCUGCUGGCCAGAACUUGGGCCGGGAACAGAAAUACCUGGGUGAUUUCUCUGUUACUCGCCAAGGUGCCACUACCGCACAUCACAAAGGGCCAUUUGCUUACUUUGUUGUAACUCCGUCGAAGAAGUUCGAGCCUACGUUUGAGGUCCUGCCCAAGGGUAAUAUUUUCGACUCCAACCUCUAUGUUGUGGGCUUUCCCACUGAGCAAGACGACAAGUAUAUUAUGGACAUCAUGAUGGAGGUUUAUGCGGGCGGAAAGCAUGUAGAAAACGAUAAGGUUUUCUACAAUUUGGUGGAGAAGGACCAGGUGAUAAAGCUACAGGUAAGAGACGCUGACGUGAUCGAGAAAAGACGCUUUUGCGUGGAUGGAGCUAUCGUGGUGUUGCCUGAGCUGGAGGGAGAAGUGGAGAUUCGGUAUCAUGGCCCUGAGGCCAAUGGAUGGAAAGUUAGUAUUAUAAGCUGA